AUGGCCGCUUGCAAUGUCAAUGGACUGUUGAGACAGUACGUUGGAUUCUCCCUCAACGGAUCGACUUCCAAUUCAGUUGGACCAAUCCGUGAACAUACCGCGUUCGACGAGAUAAAACACACAAAACCCACCCAAACCAUGGCCCCUCGGACAGUGAUGGAACACAACUUAGUGCCUCAUGUUCCUAAUGGUCUAUCUGUUGCUUCGACUGUUCAUGUUUCCAAAGAAACACCGGAACUGGUGGACGACCAACACGUCGUUCGAUCAGAUGUGCCUGAUGGCUCCACAAGGCUUCAAAAAAUUGUACCGCCUGAGUCUGGUGGAAAGAUGUCUUGUCUCGUACUUCAACAUACGGAUGAACACUCAAGUUUAGAAUCUCGUCGAUUUUCGUGUAAAAGACGUCUUGAGGUCUGCACGGAACGCCUAGAUUCAUUGCGAGAUAGGUCACUCGCUCUUUUGAAUCGCCUGCUCGCAGCCAAACUACCAGAGACAUUUACCGUUGGUGUAGAUGAUCUGACUCAACUGCCGGAAUCUCUAUGUCGUUUAUUAGACGAUGAAGAAACUGAAAGCGAGUCUGACGAGGAACCGUCAACUCAACCGAGGCCAUGCUCUAGUCAUGAAGAAAACUGGCUGUGUUCUCGAGCUGUAUCGUGUUCUGAUUGGCAUUGGUUGGUCUCCGAAAUAAAGCGCAGUGACAGGUGUAUCAAGAAUUUCCGCUUACUGAGAUCAAGUUUGCAAAAAUGGAAAUCCGGUUUGGCUAUUCAUGAUCCCGAAUGUGAUAUAGAUUCGUCUUGUUCACGCGCAACUCCGUUCACUCCUCGUGAUCGCAGACGACACUCUUAUCACAAUCUCGCGUCACCCAAAUGCGCACGACUGAUUGGGGAGUUAAAUAAAGAGUACAACGACCCUUGCGUUCACUGUUCAUGUGUUCCCCAUCAUACCGGACCGUGCAUUCUUUGUUGUGGUGCUUCGCCAUCCAACUGGAUUCCUCCUUGCGAUCAGCCGCAAUGCGUGGAUUUACUACACUCUGCCCGUCCAUUAGGUGCACAUAUCCACCCUAAACUAUCUCUUCCCGGAGAUUCUGAAGCCUCGUCAACCUCUGAAUCUGGGGGCCGUCAACAUAUGGGCUCUAAUGAAGUGAAUCAACAACCGUCUUGUGUCUACAAUGACGAUUGA